CUUCCAACGUUACUCCGCUUCUUCACAAGUGUUCAUAAGCGUAUUUAUCCCGGCACAGGUCGCACAGGUGUAAGCCGCGUAGCGCAACGACCGCUGUAACAACAGAAAUAAUUUUAUAAAUAAUAUCACACGAGAUAAUAGAGUUUGCAAGGCUCUCGAGUACAAGAUAACCUCGAGAGAGCGUUCAGUUGUGGUUUAGCGUCGUGAAAAUAAUAGAUAUUUGUCACACAAAUUUUGUUCGGAACUGCCCGAUACCUCUCCUACGCGUGAAACACUUGGACGAACGCGUUUGUACGCUCUGCUGAAAAAUGAAAUCGCAAAGCGAUCGCAUCGUCGGAGGAUCGUUCGCGCGUUGAUGGUCGCAUUGGUGACAGGUCGCCCGAUCGAACGACGCCAAAACAUGUCCAACACGAUAAGCGGCAGGAACUUGCUACGGCCGACCGGCCUGCAGUGCAAGAACCUGCACGAGUAUCUGAAGUCUCGCACCCCCGACACCCUGAACAAGCUGUAUCACAAGCCGCCUAUAUGUCUGGCCGUGUUCCGCGAGCUACCUGUUAUCGCCAAGCACUACGUCAUGAGGCUGCUGUUCGUCGAGCAGCCGGUGCCGCAGGCGGUUAUUGCGUCCUGGUGCUCCAAACUGUAUUUCGAGGAGCAUCAGAAGGUGGUGCAGAUCCUGAACGAGUUGUACGUGUGGAAGGAGGCGUCCAUACCCGGCGGGCUGCCGGGUUGGAUCUUGAACAACACCUUCAAGAAGAACCUGAAGAUCGUGCUGCUGGGGGGCGGCAAGCCCUGGACCAUGUCCAAUCAGCUGGAGACCGACAGUAAGCCGCGAGACGUGGCCUUUCUGGAUUCUUACGCCUUGGAAAGGUGGGAGUGCGUCUUGCACUACAUGGUCGGUUCCCAGCAGCAGGAGGGUAUAUCUGCCGAUGCUGUAAGGAUUCUUCUACAUGCCGGUUUAAUGAAGAGAGAUGAAGCUGAUGGAAGCCCAAUUAUAACACAAGCUGGUUUUCAGUUUUUGCUCUUGGACACAGCUUCACAGGUGUGGUAUUUUAUUCUACAAUAUCUCGACACAAUUGAGGCACGUGGUCUUGAUUUAGUAGAGUGCCUGACUUUCCUGUUUCAAUUAAAUUUUUCCACCCUCGGUAAAGAUUAUAGUACGGAAGGCAUGUCCGAAGGACUCUUGACAUUUUUACAACAUUUAAGAGAAUUUGGACUUGUAUAUCAACGAAAACGUAAAGCAGGAAGGUUUUAUCCAACUCGAUUAGCGUUAAAUAUUGCUACUGGUGAGACUAAACCUUUAACCAGAGAUACAGACAAGGAAGGGUAUAUAGUUGUAGAAACAAAUUAUCGAGUAUAUGCUUAUACAAACUCGAACUUGCAAGUUGCAUUACUUGGACUUUUCUGUGAAAUGUUGUAUAGGUUUCCAAAUUUAGUUGUAUCGAUAUUGACCAGAGAUUCCGUAAGACAAGCAUUAAAGAGUGGAAUAACUGCUUCUCAAAUAGUAGGCUAUUUACAACAACAUGCACAUAGUAAAAUGAUAGAAGCGGGACCACCUAUAUUGCCACCUACUAUCACAGAUCAAAUUAAGCUUUGGGAAAAUGAGAGAAAUAGAUUUUCAUUCAGCGAAGGAGUUCUAUACAGUCAAUUUCUUUCGCAAACUGACUUCGAGGUUCUUAGGGAUCACGCGGUCUCAACCGGAGUAUUAAUUUGGGAAAGUGAAAGGAAGAGAACCAUGGUGGUUACCAAAGCCGGCCAUGAUGAUGUGAAAAAAUUCUGGAAACGAUACUCAAAAGGCUCAAGUUAAUAUUCGAUUUACAAGGUUUAGUUGUAAGCAUUCUAUUGUUAUGUUUCCUAUAUAUUAACUACAAAAAAAUAUUGUUUCAAGAAAGUGCCUAGAAAAACUGGAGAAGCAUUCUUGACAUAGACUGAAGAAAUAAUGUUUUCUUUUUAAUCGAUGCCAAAGCUCUCUCAAGUCGGACUAGGUUUUGAUAACGAGUGUGAUAUUGAAUUAAUCAAAUAAGUUUUUAGAUAUUUAA